UUGCUAGCAUUCAGCAUGAAGAACUAGAAUCCCGAACUAGAAUCCAUUCCUGAAACCUUCAGACCAGAUCUCAGAUAAAAUAAUAAAAUAAUAAAAAAAAUACUUAAAAAUUUUUUUUUUUAUAGCUGAGCUGUGUGGAAACUCAACAUCAACGCUCCUCAACCGUGCUUUCUGCAGGAUUAGGAGAACAUUCAGAGUUGUUCAGCAACUAAACCAGUCAAGGACUCUCAAUGGAGAACCCAGCUUUUGAGAAGUCCAAAGAUGACCCUCCGCUCUAUGAGGAGACAUCGUUUUCGGGUAACGGUUACGGAAACGGAGAGCACCGGACGAUUCGGCCAUCGGUGGUCAGCGCGUUUGGCCAUGAUACGCUGGACCGAGUGCCGAGUAUCGACUUCUACAGGAACGCAGGGAGCGUGAGCGGUCAGAGAGCCAUCAGACCAUCACUGCAGGAGCUCCAUGAGGUCUUCCAAAAGAGUGUGGAUUUGGAUCUGCCGGACACAGUGGACGACAGUGAUGGGCAGGGCAGUGAUGGUUUGCAGAAUGAUGAUAUUGAGGCCAUCGCACCUCCAGAGGACAGUGGAGGCAUGGUUAAAUUUGGUUGGAUCAAGGGGGUCCUGGUGAGAUGUAUGCUGAACAUCUGGGGGGUGAUGUUGUUCAUUCGUCUCAGCUGGGUGUUUGGACAAGCAGGAGUCGGAUUGGGGAUUAUUAUCAUUUUACUAAGCUGUGUGGUCACUACCCUAACCUGCAUUUCCAUGUCUGCUAUCUGUACAAACGGAGUGGUCCGAGGAGGGGGGGCAUAUUAUCUGAUCUCGCGCAGUCUGGGCCCGGAGUUCGGGGGCUCCAUCGGCCUGAUCUUCGCCUUUGCUAACGCUGUAGCUGUGGCCAUGUACGUGGUGGGCUUUUCUGAGACGGUGGUGGAUCUGCUGAAGGUAAAUAAUGCGAUCAUGGUGGACGAGGUGAACGAUAUCAGGAUCGUCGGCUGUAUCACUGUGGUUCUUCUGCUGGGAAUAGUUGGUGCUGGGAUGGAAUGGGAAGCCAAGGCUCAGAUUGUGCUGCUGGUCAUUCUACUGGUGGCCAUAGCUAACGUAUUUGUGGGUACUGCCAUUCCUGCCACUGAGGACAAAAAGAGUAAAGGCUUCUUCAAUUAUCAAGCUUCCAUAAUGGCAGAAAACUUUACUCCAGACUUCAGAGAUGGAGAGACAUUUUUCUCAGUUUUUGCCAUUUUCUUCCCUGCGGCGACUGGAAUCCUCGCUGGAGCCAAUAUUUCUGGAGACCUGAGGGACCCUCAAGAGGCUAUUCCGAUCGGUACCCUGCUGGCUAUCUUCAUCACGGGCAUUACGUACCUGGGCAUCGCUCUGUGUGUCUCUGCUACGGUGGUCCGUGACGCAACCGGAAACGUAAACAACACAAUCACCUACGGAGCAAACUGCAACUUCUCCUCUGCCUGUGAUUUCGGCUAUGAUUUCUCCCCCUGUGAGACCACCAAGUGCAAAUAUGGCCUUAUGAACAACUUUCAGGUAAUGACUAUGGUGUCUGGGUUUGGACCCCUCAUCACAGCAGGGACGUUCUCUGCUACAAUCUCCUCCGCCCUCGCCUCCCUGGUCAGCGCUCCGAAAGUUUUCCAGGCUCUGUGUAAAGACAACAUCUACAAGGCUCUGAUAUUCUUCGCUAAAGGCCAUGGCAAAAACAAUGAGCCGAUUCGGGGAUACGUGCUCACCUUCAUCAUCGCUGUGGCCUUCAUCCUCAUCGCUGAGCUGAAUGUCAUCGCUCCCAUCAUCUCCAACUUCUUCCUGGCCUCCUAUGCCCUCAUCAACUUCUCCUGCUUCCACGCCUCCUACGCCAAAUCUCCAGGCUGGAGACCGGCGUACAAAUACUACAACAUGUGGCUCUCUCUGUUCGGGGCUGUGCUGUGCUGUGCUGUGAUGUUCGUUAUUAACUGGUGGGCUGCGCUGCUCACGUAUGCUAUAGAGAUCUUCCUCUACGUUUAUGUCACAGUCAAGAAACCUGAUGUGAACUGGGGUUCGUCCACGCAGGCUGUGACGUUUGUGAAUGCAGUGAACAACACGCUGACUUUAUCAGGAGUGGAUGAUCAUGUCAAGAACUUCAGGCCUCAGUGCAUAGUGCUCACUGGAGGGCCUAAAACACGACCAGCUCUGCUGGACCUGUCGCACGCUUUCACCAAAAACUACGGCCUCUGCAUCACCUGUGAAGUGUUUGUGGGUCCACGGUUAGAGUGGCAGCAGGAAAUUAGUAACUCCAUGGAGCAGAAUCAGGAGUGGUUAAAUGGGCAGAAGAGGAAAGCAUUCUAUGCUGCUGUCGCUUCCAGCAACUUCCGUGAGGGAACAGCAAGUCUACUGCAGGCUGCAGGACUGGGGCGGCUCAGACCGAACACACUGAUGCUGGGCUUCAAAAGAGACUGGAAGACCACACACAUUGCAGACAUUCAGGCAUAUGUUGGAGUAUUACAUGAUGCGUUUGAUUUUGAGUACGGGAUGGUGAUGCUGAGGCUGAAUCAGGGACUGGAUAUCUCACACAUCCUCGCAGCUGAAGAGGAGAUGGAGAGGAUGCUUUUGGAGCAGCAGGCGCUGGAGAUUGAAGAAAACGGCUUCCAGGAGGGAGGGAAAGGAUUUUUUAAAAGAGCCAGAAAACCAUCAAAAAAAGUGCUGGCCUCCAGAGUCUCAUUGGAGGUUCCCCACACUUCUGACGUGGCAAAGAUGAAUCAGCGCCUGAUGGAGGCCAGCUCCCAGUUUAAGAAAAAGCAGGGCAAAGGCACCAUCGACGUCUGGUGGCUGUUUGAUGAUGGAGGUUUAACUCUGCUGCUCCCAUACAUUCUGACCACGAGAAAGAAGUGGAGGGACUGUAAACUGCGCAUUUUCGUCGCAGGCCAGCCAGACCGCAUAGAGCAGGACAAAGAAGAAAUGCAGUCUCUGCUGAAGAAGUUCAGGAUCAAGUGUUCUGAUAUCACCAUCAUCACUGAUCUCCACAUGCGACCAACCGCAGAAAACUGGAGGUUAUUUGAGGACAUGAUCGAACCGUUCCGACUGCACGAGGGCUCCAAAGACAUGGCACAGGCUGAAGCUCUGAGAAAAGAACAUCCGUGGAAAAUCACUGAUGCUGAACUGGACCAUUUUGACGACAAGACGAGUCUGCAGGUGCGGCUGAACGAGCUGCUGCAGGAAAGCUCCAGAGCAGCUAAACUCAUUAUAGUGAGUAUGCCUAUUGCCCGGAAAGGCUCUGUAUCUGACCACCUGUACAUGGCCUGGCUGGAAGCUCUGACCAAAAACCUCCCCCCGACCCUGCUGGUCCGCGGAAACCACAAGAGCGUUCUGACCUUCUACUCAUAAUCCACCAAACCCCACAAUACACACACACACACACACACACUACUGCUGUGUCCCAAUUCACAGCACACACGGCAAGACUGUGUCCCAGUUACACACUAAACAUUAACACUAUAUAAUUGAUAUAUAUAUAUAUAGUAGUAAGAUUAGUUUACAGUG